AUGUCGAGAGCCAAAAGGGUGAUGAAAGAGCUCCAAGCUAUUAAAGACGAUCCCGAAGCAAAAGUGGACCUUCAACUCGUAAAUGAAAACGACAUCCACUUAUUGAAGGGUUCUUUCUUGGGGCCACCGGGUACUCCAUACGAGAACGGCAAAUUCAUCGUUGAUAUUGAGGUGCCAAUGGAAUAUCCUUUCAAGCCCCCAAAAAUGAAAUUUGACACUAAAGUUUACCACCCCAAUGUUUCUUCGGUUACAGGCGCAAUAUGUCUCGACAUUCUGAAGAAUGCGUGGUCCCCUGUAAUCACCUUGAAAUCUGCAUUGAUAUCUCUACAGGCUCUUUUACAGUCUCCAGAACCUAAUGACCCUCAAGACGCCGAAGUUGCGCAACACUUUCUCAGGGACAAAGCGUCUUUCGACAAAACUGCCGCCUUUUGGACGAAAACUUAUGCACCCCUUGAAUCUGCUAAAGCAGAGGCACCAGUAGAUCAAGCCGCCCUUUACGGCAUUGAUAGAUCUCUUGUAGAUCAGUUUGCUGCUCAAGGUUUUGACGAAGAAAAGGUUGUAGAAGUCUUGAGAAGGUUGGGUUUAAAGUCUAUGAGCACUAACGACAACGAAACCGCCAACAAAAUUCUAGAGGAACUCUUAAGGUAG